CCGUUGUGGUGGUACUUCACGUCACUCGUUGGCUGACAUUUGAAGGUUAGGGUUUUGUUGUCAAAGUGUCCAAAUCGAAAGUGAUUGUUUACAUAUCCAAUAGAAUUUAAUUUUCUGUGCUCUCGUUGUUGAUGAAGUUUGUUUAAGCAGUCCAUCUGAGUCAAAUGUCAUUAUGCCAGUCGAGUGUCAUGAAAUUGUGUUAAUAGUUGUCUUCCUUAGAUUAUCUUCUGUGCACCCUCAGCAUCUGUGAUAAUUUUGAUUUGGGAGGCUUAAUUUGUCUCUAGAGCACACAAUGGAGCCUGAAACAAAUUUGAGAGAUGAUCGGCCCACAUCUUUAAAUCUAGAGCAAGAAACGGUUAGACCCAACAAACCAUUGGUUGCUCCUCGAGUAUUGACUGGUCCUGCCAGUUCUUAUAAUCAGGGUGCAAUAGACUGGGGGAGGAAUGGACUUCUAGCAUAUGGUUGUCAAUAUACAGUUGUUAUUGUUGACACCAAAAAUGUGCAGCCAAUACAGUCCCUUGAUAAACAUAAAUCCAUGGUGAAUAGAGUGCUAUGGGGUGCAGGCCGCCACAAAAAACUGGUUUCAAGCGAUAGUAAUGGACAUAUUGUGGUGUGGAAUAUCCCGUCUGGGAAAAGUAAAUUUGUUCUUCAAGACAGCAAGAGUCCAGCAACAUGUAUGGCAUGGUUAACAGGAUAUGACGAGGGAAAUCACUUGCUAUUGACAUUGCAUCCUCCAUAUGCCCUUGUUUUGUGGGAUACCCUUUCCGGAACCAAACUUUGGAAGAAGACUUACACCGAAUCCUUGGUGGCUUUUGAUUUAAACCCAUUUGAAGCCAACAAGAUUGCCUUUCAGUGCACCGAUUGCAUUCUGUUUGUGUCUGACCUCUCCCCAUCAAAAAUGCCUUCCUCCAAUGGACGUAAAUUUUAUAUAUCAUCACCCAAACAGAAUUCUAAUUCUCGAUCAACUAGCUCUGGAAGCCUGAUGUUUGGAAAUGCAAGUGAAGAGAAACAUGGCACACGAGAUCGGUUACGAAGGCUUAUGCGUGAUCUAGUUGUUGGAGAAGUGAAGCCAAAGGCUGACGAGUCUGUCCCAGUGGCUGAGUGUUUACAAGUCAUUCACCACCAAGCCAUUCGAAACCUUCUUCUUCUCGUUUAUCCCUCUGAAAUUCUGAUACUUGACUUGCACAUCAACCACACUGUAGGCCUUAUCCCUCUUGAAAGGUCCACAUCCCCACUUUUGCAGGUUGUAUCCGCAAGACAGCGCAAUGUGUUAUACUGCUUGCAUGAAUCAGGAAGUGUGUCUGUCAGAUUCCAUCGUCAACAGCCACAGUUUUUGGCAUCACCAUUGGAUGCCCAUGGCUCUUCUAGUAGUUUGGCUGACAAUGUAGCGAUGGGUGGGGAUUCCUAUUUAGAAAUGGCAUACGAACAAAAAUGCCAGAGUGAAGUUAUCAGGCAAACUAAAGGAUCCAAAAUUAUUGGCAUUGCUGUCAGUCGAAUGUGUGAGAAACGUAUUGCCUUGUUUAUCAACACUGGCAAAAUAGUCUUUCUGGAACUUCAAUCAUCAAAUGUGGGGGCUGCCUGGUAUGCCAAUUUGAUCUCCCACUCUACGGGCUUUCAUAUCAAUUGGCCCAAAGAGACAUUAUCUGAUCUGGUGCCACCGCUCAACAGUGAUGCUGUUGUUGGUCCAGUUCGCCUUCUUUUGAUGGGCUUGCUCCACUCCAUAACCAGCCCAUUAACAGCUGUCAAAAUGUGCCCAUUGUCUCCAUGCAAGAUUAAACAAAUCAGCCUUAACCUGCAAGGUCCUCUUUUGGCGGCAGGCACAUCAAAUGGACUAGUUCAAAUAAUUAAUGUUGCAACUGGAACUGUAGAGAAGGAAGUUGCAGUCAGUUCUUACCCAAUCAGAGGUAUAGAGUGGGUUAACCACAAUUCUAUUUUGACUUGGAGUUAUCCAAACUCUAGCCCAAGCAGUAAUUUGGUUCGAAACGAACUACGAUUGACUAAUAUUCUGACUGGAUAUGUACAACAAGUGCGUCAGGACAGGGGUGAUGAGGCCCCUGUUGAAAUUGUUCGAGUUUCACCAUUGAGGUGUUAUUUUGCUGUUGUCCAAAAGGAUGCAACCGUAGAGGUGUGGGACAUGCAAACACUUCACUUGUUGUGGACUUUGAGCAAAAAGUUUUCUGGAAUUACAGCACUGGAAUGGAUGAGUCCCUACUACAAAAGAGGAGCAAAAAAGAGAGACAAGGAAGCAAGAAGAUCUAGUCAGAGUUCUGUUCCAAGCACCCCUACCCCUGUCUCGGAUGAAGCAAGUGCUUUUGGUUCGGCCCAUCUUGAUGUUGUACAAGAGACAGAUGCGGAGUCAGCAAGGCAGAGUGAAGUUGUUAGUGAGCAAUUUGCACUUGCUGACACUGAAUGUAACUUUUAUUACUAUAUUGUGGAAGGAAAUGUUGCCAGAGACAGUAUUAAAGUACUGCAAGAGCCUGGAAAGGCUCAAAUCUCAUGCUUGACUCACAAGGGUGAGCAGAUCGUCCAAGGUGAUGUGGAGGGAAAUCUCCACAUAUUUUAUCUGAAGGCCAAGAAAUACUCUGUUAUUGCUACAGGGAGAGGGGCCAUCAAGAAAAUUGGUUUUGCUCCCGGAGAAACCACUAUGAAAUUAUUGGUUCUCUACAAUGACGGUGUUAUGCUUCUACAUCUGAAUGAAAGCCUCAAACGAGUAGAACUAAAAUGUCCACGGGAUAUGGUUUCAAUAGUUGACAUUGACUGGGCAAGUGAGGACUGUCCUCUCCUUGUGAGUCAAGAUGGGUGCAUUCGAAUCAUGGACUCCAGUCUGAAAGAGUGCUCUUCAUCCAUAAAUGAGUAUGAGUUUCAUGAUCGCAUCUAUUGUGUGGCUCUCCUUCCCAAGAAUGUGCGUACUAAUUUGGAGAUAACACUUGUUACCCGAUACUGGGAAAAGGAUACUGAAGCUAGCAUGGUGGAUGCUCCAAAGCCUUGGCAGUCUUUCACAACAGAAGAUGGAUUUACAGAGCUAGAAAUUAAAGCAAUUGGUGACCAAUUACGACAAAUAGAUCCCGCUGCUCUCUCUCUUCUUUCUGCCCAAGAGGGUAUGAUGGGUGUUGCAGAGCGAAGUCUUUUAGUGGCAAGAUUAUUUGGAGAGCAAUUUGAUGUUGACUUUUGGACUGUGGCCCUGUAUUAUUUGCGGGUUGCUCAAGCAGAGCAAAAACAAAGGCUGAGUGAAUCAGAUUUUUCACUUUGUGAUUUCAAUAAUCUCACUUUUGAUUCACCAUCUUCAACAAGCUCUAAGACUCCAAAAAUUAGAGCAAAUAUUCUGCCUCUUGAUUCACACUAUGACUAUCUCUGUGAUUCAUACACAUAUAAGAGACAGCAAAUGGACCGGGUGAUUGCAUAUGAAAGUAAAAGAGGUGAUGAAGAACACACAAAGAAAGUCAUUCAGGAACUCAUAUUACUUGGAGAGACUGAUCGAGCUGUCCAGCUUUUGCUUGAAACAGAACUCGAAAAUCCAAACUACUAUACAGAUGCCAUCAAAGCUUGUCUUGUUGCCACAAUCCAAUCAACAGGUGCUGCUCAAAGCACUAUCAAGCUUGUGGCAACAAAUCUGAUUGCAAAUGGAAACAUUUGGGAAGGAGUUCAGCUGCUGUGCUUGAUAGGCAAGGGGUUGGAUGCCUGCAGGUACCUUCUGUCAUACAAUCUCUGGGACUCAGCUGUGUGGUUAGCAAAAUCUGUUCUUCCUCCAGCAGAAAUGCAUGAAGUUAUGAGGAAGUAUGCUGAUCAUCUUUUUGCUACCGGACACAGAAAUGAAGCUAUUCUAGUCAUACUUUCAAUGAGCAGUUUUGAGCGAGUACUUGAAACUUUAGGUGGCUUCCGUCUUCAUAAACAUGCUGGCCUAUUUCUCCAAGCAUGCCGUGAAUUUGGUCUUCUUCCUCAGAGGAAAUAUAUGGAAGCUGCAUCACCUCAGACUUCUCUUCUCACUGCGGUAGAGCUCGAUUUUGCACGGUGUCUCUUCGACUCUGGGAAUCACCGGGCUGCCCUCCUGCUUUGCAAGCGCCUUGGCGACAGUGGGAAUGAGUUACGAAGAGAGUUUGAGAUACUUGCGGAAGAGACCAUGUAGCACAGGUUUUUAAUAGAAGUGAAUCCCCUCUGGUUUGAGUGAUUCACUUCCCUGUGAACCUCACUAGCACCUCAAUUCAGUCGGUUGUCACCGGGAUGUGUAAGGGAAAGCAUUGAAAUAUUGUAAUUGAGCAUCUCACAGUGUCUACCCAGUUACAAAUUUGAUCUUGAGCCCCAUUACUUUUGGUAAGGGCUUCUAUUGAGGUGUUAAAAAUUCACAUUUCCCCAACUGAUAUGGAACUUUUAGGAAGUGGGAUUUUGAGUGAGGAACACAGGAUUCAACAGUGUUUGGUUCCACUGUUGACCUCUGCAGUAUAUAUACUGUAAACUGAAGAUUUUUUUUCCAAAUCAAUUUGUGACAAGUACAUGGUUUUAGAUUUGCAUAGAAGGCAUGACAAGUGGUGAGAAAGUGUGCAGUUCUAAGGCUGUGCUGAAAAUUAUAUGUUGUUAUUGCUUAUAUUGCUUUUAUUUCAAAGCUACUGUUGUUUGAAUUAUUUUGUUCUGUUAGAUGGAAUAUGAUUCAUGACGUUUUGUAAGUAUUUAUAUCAGAAUUUUAUUGCCAAGAAUUGUAAACUAACUACCUGUGAUCAUUGUAAUAAAGUCACUGUAGGUAUGUCAAUUUUAGUGUACUUAUUUCUAAGAUUGUUGCAUUCCUAUAUAAGAGAGAACUGCUAUGUUUGUGAUAGUCAGAAAAUUAGUCAAAGUGCUGCCAUGUUCUCAUUUGUUUUGUGAUAUACUUUUGUUUAGGCAUUGUGACAAUUGCAAGCGGUUUGAUUAAAUGUUUUCCUUUCAUAUGUAUUUAUAUAAUAUAAUAAUAUAUAAUUCGCUGUUGUUGUUGUUUUUUUAAGUGUGUGUGCUUGACAGCACAACAUAUAUGAAGUACCCAUAAAAUCAUUCGCCCUUAUGCUUUUACCCAUUUUACUGCUAAAAUUGUCUAUUCUGAUAAUUUCAUUUAUAUUAUGCACAUCUAUUCUUAAUACCCAAUUUGUAUAUGUAUUUAACUUUGUGAGUUAAGGCUGCUAUAAACCUUUGUCUGGAACACACAGCGCUGUUCUCAAGUAAAGCCUAAUGCAAAAGGUGGACUGUUUGUUGCUGCGUCAACAUGCCAACUGCUUGUGUUCUAUAUUUUGUUACUUGUUAAAAUUAGCUCUAGCAAGGCACAAACAACUUUAUAUAAGGCUAUGCAUUGUUUUGUACUAAAGAUAAUUUCAUACUAAACUGGGCUCAAAUCUGUAAGUAACUGCUGUAAAAAUAAAUCGUCCGUUUAAGUAGAAAGGUGA